GCAUGGCAUGGCCUGGGGAUCGGCUUAAAUAAAUUACACGUGAAUGCUGCUAUUUGUCCUUUCUAUCGCCCGACACGGAAGGUGGAGUAGGCAGCAGGUAUUCUCUUGGAAGAUUAGACGUUAGGCCAAGGUAAAAAUGAAGGAUGCAUUUAAAGUUGCCGAUAUGUCUCUGGCCGAAUGGGGUCGCAAAGAGAUUACCCUAGCUGAGAAGGAGAUGCCUGGUCUGAUGGAGAUGAGAAAACGACACGGUGACAGCAAACCCCUGAAGGGAGCCCGCGUCGCUGGUUGUCUGCACAUGACCAUCCAAACAGCUGUGCUCAUUGAGACACUGACUGAGCUUGGUGCUGAGGUACAAUGGUCCAGUUGUAAUGUCUUCUCCACCCAGGAUCACGCCGCCGCUGCCAUCGCAAAGACCGGUGUCCCUGUUUACGCCUGGAAAGGAGAGACAGAUGAAGAAUACAUCUGGUGUAUUGAGCAGACCCUGGUCUUCUCUGAUGGCAAGCCAUUGAACAUGAUCUUGGAUGAUGGCGGUGAUCUGACAAACAUUGUCCAUGACAAGUACCCACAAUACAUUGCAGGUAUCAAAGGCCUUUCAGAAGAAACCACCACUGGCGUCCACCACCUCUACAAGAGAAUGAAAGAGGGAACCCUCAAGCUCCCUGCCAUGAAUGUCAAUGACUCAGUCACAAAGAGCAAGUUCGACAACUUGUAUGGUUGCCGCGAGUCCCUCUGUGAUGGUAUCAAACGUGCAACUGACAUCAUGUUGGCAGGCAAAGUGUGCUGCGUUGCUGGCUACGGAGAUGUAGGCAAGGGUAGUGCACAGUCUCUCAGAGGAUUUGGUGCCAGAGUCCUCAUUACAGAAAUCGAUCCUAUCCUAGCCUUGCAGGCUGCCAUGGAGGGUUAUGAGGUAACAACAAUGGAAGAGGCCGCUUCAAAGGCGAUGGUCUUCGUCACCGCCACCGGCUGCAAGGACAUCAUCAAGGGCGAACAUUUUAAACAGAUGAAGGAUGACGCCAUUGUCUGCAACAUUGGCCACUUCGACAUUGAGGUUGAUUUGGCCUGGCUAGAUAAGAACGCGGUCAACAAGGUCAACAUUAAGCCACAGGUGGACCGAUACGAAAUGGCCAGUGGCCGUCACAUCCUCGUCCUGGCAUCUGGACGUCUAGUCAACCUUGGCUGUGCAACUGGACAUCCCAGCUUCGUCAUGUCCAAUUCAUUCACUAACCAAGUGCUGGCUCAGGUAGAACUGUGGACACGCUCUGAGAAUUACAAAAUCGGUGUACAUGUUCUACCCAAACAUUUGGAUGAAGAAGUUGCCCGUCUUCACCUGGACCACUUGGACGUAAAGCUAACCACCUUGAGCCAGUCGCAAAGCGAUUACCUCAGCAUACCAAUCAAUGGACCAUUCAAAUCCGACAUGUACCGUUAUUAAGCAUAAACACGCUACAAUCAACACACGUACUGAAGAUUAUGUAUAAUUUUUGAAAGAUAAAAAGCACAAAAAAUAAUCAGGACAUGCAAGUGUGAUCGAUAUAAUAUUUAAUUCCAAUUUUUUUAAGGAACAAUAUAUGUAUUCCUUGUACACAAGUGGAUUUAAAUAAAUAAUUGGGUAGAAUUUUAAGUAGGUGGGUUGCCAGGUUAUAUUAUGAUAAGUAGCAAAUCUGGGUUAUUAGCUGACAGGGUUGAUUAAAGGAUUCAAGUGCAGCUGUAUUUGUAACAAGUAUGCAUUAUUAAACUUGCAAACAAGA